AAGUCAUAUACGGCUUUUGCUUGCGGCCAUUGCUUGUGGUUGACUACAGACGGUGGUGCCAUAACAGCACCAAUAGUCGUCUGCGUCAAGCUAGUCUGUGCCGCCGUCGAACGCCGGCGGCACGGAGACGAGAAGAAUGGCGCGAGCCCUGGACAAAAACUCUGGUCGAGUUUUUCAAGCCUAUCGCGAUCCUCAGCCCUGCCUCCAGCGGCAUCAGUAUCGAGCCCGGAGUCGGUCAAAGGCGAAGAAGGUCAUGUAAGAGUCCAGUAUUAUCUGGCGGAUAGCGUACGCACCUGUCGUUUGCAGGUCUUAUGUCGCUUCCUCCUCGAGCUUCACAACUCCCUUGACCUCUUCGAAGCGGAGGAUUGCAUUAUACCCUCCACGGGAAGCUCGUUCUUGAGCGUCGCGGCGGGUGCGAUCGACACCUCGAGUUAUAUGCUUGAGGAAAUCCUCAGGCCCUUGACAAUGGCUUUGCCGGUAGACGACCUCCAUGAUGCAGGAGAACUAGAGCCGGCAGAUGGGCUUCACGAUGUUGUAAAUGCCAUUUCCAAAGUCGACGAGGAUCGGGCUACAAUAACCCAUUUGACGGAAGCGGGAACCUUGCGAGGGAAGCGCGGAGCUAUUUUAAUCAUUGUACAAUAG